UCUAGCAUCUAAUACUCACAUUAUUUAAGUAGGCUAAUACCCUACUUCAGAUAGAUGUAUUCAAGUCAAAUAAGCAGAUACAUGAGGAAAUAAUCCCACCUACGCAUAGUCUCAUAAAGGGGGGGAUAAAGAAGUUGCUUGGGGCAUUUUUUCGGUGGUGAGUGAGCUGUGAUAAAUACACAUUCCAACAGCCCAAGAACAGUGAGAUGAAAUGAGUAUGUGGCCAGUGAAAUGAUGCAGGGAAGUAGAUAACAGUCUUUCAAACUAAUGAAUGUACAACCUCUAUUUAAUAGCAGCCUCGCACCACGAAGAAUCACACUACUUGCAUUCCAUUCCUUCCAUCACUAACACUAUGUUUAUUCCUCAACAGGCUGUGUAUCUGUACUACGACAACUGGACCCUGGAGAUCGAUGAGAUUGUACUAAACAUGAUCAUCAAGCUGAAAAGGGAGACCCAAUGGAAGUUCGAUGAGUUUCCAUCUUGGUUCGUACUGACGGUGCAACACGCAGUGCAGACUAAAACCAACAUUCUGCUGACCGAGGUGGACAUCAAACAACGUCUCGACUUCCUGAAGCAGAGGUACACCACCUUCAAGGAGGUAGUGGGUUACAAAGGCGUAUCGUAUGACGUGGAGGCUAAGUUUGUGCGUGUGCCUGAUGAGAUAUGGGUGGAAAUUAUGAAGAAAACUCUAUUUGCGGCAGCGUACUACCACCGAGAUAAUCCCCACUUCUCGCAGUUGGCAUGUUUGUACGGAAUGGACGACAUCAAGAAGGAAAGAGAAGUUUCUGUGAUAGUGCUUUCUGACUGCACCGAGGAGAUCCCUACUGAUGAAUCGAGCUGUUACGAGGUUAGUGGAUUCAAAGCAGAGGUGAACUCGCCAGGUAUUGUCCCCCCUCAAACGGUUCGACGUAAACUAUUUGCGGCAGAUGUCGCACCUCAAGUUGAUCAGGAGUCAACCAAUGACAUGGGCAUGUAUUUCAUAGACAUUGGCUCGGAUGGGAGCCUGGUAACUCGCCUUGAGACAGGCCGGGUUUUGCCGAAGCCAGAUGCAGCGAAGACAGAACAAGCUGGUCCCUCUACUCGAUCCCCCAAUGCGAGUUCUGUUGCGUCAAACUCGCCUCUCCGUUGGUGGCCACACAAUAUAAGACGUCCCAAUUUCUAACUAAGUCAUAUAGUGAUGACUAGGUCCUAAACUCUGCUAUGCUAGCAUAUAUAGUAAUGCCAUGGAAUUGCAUCUCAUUUAGCCGGACCUACGUUUUGGAAGGUGGACAAAAAUCCAUAGUAUUGUAAUAGGUAGAGCACCGUGUUUUGGUUUGAUGUACGGAGUCGCCCGUCGACUGUUGGUGCUCUGUUUAUGAACUAAAAAUAUGCAUAUUAGGUGAUGUUUAUGUAUGCACUUGAUGAUGGCA